CUGGCUAUUGCAUUUGAUUGCACUAUAUCCUUUUUUUUAGACCCAUAUAUUCUUGCACUUGCUUGCAUUAUCUUGAACUAAUUUUAGUGCAGUUCUAGUGCAGCCCCAAGUCAACUAAAAAGAACAAAUCACAUAUCUAUCACAGAUAAUCCUUGAUUUAAAGAACGUAGCUUUUGCUAUUAUUUUGGAUAUACACAGUAUAUAUUAUAGUCAUUUAUAGGUUAUUUUUAUCGUGCGUUUUGUCCGAAAAAUUUUUUAUGUGAUGUCGCCGAUAUAAUUUUUAAUAAUCGUUUAAUUUAUCAGAUUUAAUAAAAAUUCUUAAACUAUAAUUAUGACUAAAUUGUCAUCGAUUAUUGAACAAAGUGGGCGAUUGCAAUUACGGCGUAUAAACACGACUGUUGCAAAAGAAAAACAAACACCAUCCGAAUAUUGUUUGCAAUUAGUUAGGAAAAAUGAUUAUGAGAACUUUCUGUGUACAUUAUUACUUCCGCAUAGUAUUAAAUCGGCGGCAUUUGCUAUACGCGCCUUUAAUGUCGAAGUGGCUCAAGUGGAGGAUCAAGUGAGCGACAAUAAGAUAGGAGCUAUGCGAUUGCAAUUUUGGACAGAUGCACUAAAUAAUAUUUAUAACAAUGAACCACCUAGAAGCCCUGUAUCGCUGGAAUUACACAGGAUUCUUCAGCGACACAAGCUUUCUAAACAUUAUUUCAAACGCUUGAUCGACGCUCGUUUAAAUAAAUUAAGUAAUUCGAUAUUUGUGGAUUUGGAAUCGCUCGAAAAGUAUUGCGAUUAUACAUCAUCGUCGAUAUAUUUCCUACUCCUGGAGGCAUAUGGUACGGCAAACGUCAACGCUGAUCAUGUGGCCAGUCAUUUCGGCAAAGCGCAUGGUUUAAUUACUUCGAUACGGUCUGUACCGUAUAACGCUCGUAAACGAGUUAUGAUAUUGCCACAGGAUAUUUUAUUGAAGAACAGCGUCUCCUCAGAAUCCGUCUUUCAGGGACAGCCAAGCGCUGGACUUAAAGAAGCAGUAUUCGAAGUCGCGUCUUGCGCCAAACAACAUCUAAACGUGGUAGCGUCACUUAAAAAGACAAUGGAGAAAGAUUUUAACACGAUAUUUCUACCAGUAGUUUGUAUAGAAAAUUAUUUAGAGGAACUGCGAAAAGUCGACUUUGAUGUUUUCCAUCCGACUUUACAGAGAAGAAAGGGUUUUCUUCCAUUACAAUUACUUUGGAGAAAGUUAUGGUCUUAAUAAUUAAAGAUUGAUAUUUUUUUCCUAUAUACCGGAGCAGUGUUCCGAGUUGGAUUAUUAUAUCAAUUGGACAAAAUACUUAUUGGCCAGUUGAAAAUGAGGUUUUGAUUGGUUAAUCCUGAUUACCUAGUUCCUAUAUUAGAUUUUAAGUUAACUUAGGCGAUCUAAAUGGUUAUGUCCAAUCGCACUUCAUCUAAAUAAAUCUUUUCCAUCCAUAUAUCUUUCACCACUCAAUAUUAAUUUAAUUUUUUACAAAAAAUAUACUAAAAUUAUGUGAUAUGUUUAACGCACACGUAUAUAUGAA